GAUUUCAAGGUGGAAAAACGUACAACUAUUAUUUUUUUCGUUGUUGUUUCCAUAAAAUAAAGCCACAUGGCCCCGUGCAUAUUUUACAGAAAUGCAUAGGAACAACAUUAAAAUUUACAACAUUUUAUGUAAGUGCUCAUCACGAAUUAGGCUUUGUCUCAAUUCGGUUGACCAAUCCAAGCCAGGGUGAUGAUAAGUGAGGACAACCACUACUACAACUACAAGCCAAAUACAAUCCCCACAACAAACAAAAUACGAGCUUUCCACUACUCAAAGCAACUCAAUGACAUUUUUCAAGCUUCACAUAUCAAAAGCAAAGAACGAAGGAGGAGCGAUUGUGUGAGAAAGUGAAGAUGAAGAACAAGAACAAGUUUGUUGGAGUGAGACAAAGGGCUUCUGGGAAAUGGGCUGCAGAGAUCAAAGACACGUCAAAGAAGAUCAGGAUGUGGCUUGGUACUUACCAAACUGCUGAGGAAGCUGCUCGAGCUUAUGAUGAAGCUGCAUGUCUCCUUAGAGGAUCAAACACUCGCACCAAUUUCUCUACUCAACCUUGUACCAGCAUUGCUACAAAUUCUCCUAUUUCUCUAAAACUCAGAAAUCUUCUUCAUCGUAAAGCCAUGUCAAAUCAAAGUCAAGUUCAAAACCAGCCCUCUGGUGUAAGUCCAUCUUUGCAAGGUGCAGCUACUCCAAAUGGUAGUACCAUGAAUAACAUCAUGGUCAUGGAAGAAACCUCUGGUUUUAGCGGUGAAGGUGAUAAGUCUUUGUUUGUGAUUCAGAACCAGGUCUCUGAUAACAUGUAUGGACUUGAUAUGAAUAUGAUCAAUUGCGUGAUGGGUAUCACACCAGAUGCAUCUCAGCUUGAUUUCUCUUCUUGGUCUUUUGCCCAACAAAGGAUUAACGAAUUACCAUUACCAAAAGAUGGAUUCGGUGUAGAAAGGCAAUUAUCAGAGUCGGUAUAUGCAACGAAUGAGUGCCAGCAUUUCCAAGAUACAUAUGAAUAUGAUGUCAAUUAUCCUCUCUCUCACUUUUUCUGCUUCACUUGAUAUCUAUCUUUCAGUCUCUUCUCAACACAUUUGAUGAGGAAGAGAGUUCUGAAAUGGCAUUUAGUGGUUUAACUAGU